AACCGAGUGGGGAAUUGGUGACUAGUAGCAAAUCCAAGAUGGUGGACGCAUUUGGAUUGUGGGAGCUAAAUUUUCCUUGUUCUAGAGUGGACGACGAUGACGAUGAGGAAGAACAGAUAACUAAAGAACAAGAGGAACAACUAUGUCCGCAAUUUGUAUUUUCGCCUCAAUUCUCAAAGGAUGUGGGAAAAACUGAACCAAUCGAAUGUUCUGUUUUGGUGUUGGGAGUUGGAGAAGUCGCCUCAACUUUCUUGGAAGUUCAUUUUCUUUGUGGAAAUAAUAGUUCUGUUGCUGCCGUUAUAUCUGAUAAAAAGACAGAGAAAAACUUUGAGUAUCUCGUAAAGAAUUUACGGAAUAAACGAAGCUCUUUGCUACAUCAGUUAACACGCAAUAAUGAUGUUAUGGUCUGUCAAAUCAGCUCACACGUGGAACAAGAUAAAGUCUUCUACUGGACACAAAAGAUAUUCAGUCACAUCAGACCAGCUAAGGUGGUCAUUCUCACUUCAUCUCCUGCAAGCGAAUACAACUCAGAUGAUCCAAGUGAGAUAAAAACAGACUUUGUAAAGAUGAUGAAGACAAAUGCUUGGUCAAACAGUUGUGCUGGUCCAGAUAUCACCUACAUCCAAACGCCCAACACAGUCAAAGGAUUAGCUGCCUCAGUGUUAACACACUGUCAGAUUUACAAGCUGCCUGCCGCCCUGUUCAUGUGCUACACAGAGUCCAUGCAUGUUGAUGCCCAAGCUGUGGAGGCAUUCAGGGUAUUAUUUGGAGUCAAGGAUCUUUUUAGAGGCAUUGAACAGGCGCAUGCCGAGGAUGCUGCGCGACUGAUGAAGACCGUGGGCACAGGAGCGCAGCCUAAUAACCUGUACAUGUGAAGCUCAAGUUGGAGAUUCCAGCUCUGUGGAAAUGACGUUUUUCUUAUUGGUCAGGCUUGAGAUGCCCAAUCCUUACUCCUGCCACGGUCUCGAUAGACGGGAAAUGGUGAGGGGCGAACCUAACGAACGAACCUCACUUCUUUGGUCGGAAGACACUGGUUUCCUUGCUCCAAACGAGAGACUUUUAGAAAUUGGACGCUUCUGUUCCUGACAUAGUAGAGCUUGUUCAACUAUAUGUUGCUAAACUUAAAAAAAAAUUUGCAUGGAAUAACUUCUUCCAUAGUUAUAUAUUUAUGUUCAAAUUCUGGCUUGAUUGUUUUUUUUUUUUUUUUUUUUUUUAGGGGGGGGGGGGGGGGGGUUUCGUCAUUGACUAAGCAGCAGUUUUCCAGCCUGGUAUGUGUAUACUGUUUAUUUUUUCUCUUUCUUCUUUUUUGUAAAAUUUAUCAGGAUUGAAAUGCUAUGUAUCUUUGUUUACAAGAUCCUGACAAAAUAUGUCUAUGUUUUGCACAUCGACAAGGUUCGAGGAUUAAUAAUUCAGACGUAAUUGGAAGUUCUUUUGCACUUUAUUGACGAAAAAGUCAAACUGAAAGAAAAUACAUAAAUAGUAUUUGAUUAGUGUUAUGGUUUGUUUGUGUCGCAUAGUAGAAAUCAGAUUUACAGAAAUACAUUAUUUUGCUAUGAAGGCUGUCAAUGUAUUGCUCCUCGCUUACAGAGUGAGAUUAUUCAGUUUUAAACUGUUCGCUUAUCAUCGAGAUUACCUAAUGUUAUAUCUGUUGUUCAUUCAUAUAGAGUUCAAUGCCCAAAACAAUUUCUUUUUGGUCAAUGAAAUAAUCGGUCCCAUAUCUUAGUCAUUUCUAAGAGUGAACUUUCCGCAACUAGCAGAUUCAUAUCUACGAGUGAACUAUACGCAGCUAGCAGAUUCAUAUCUAAGUCAUAUCUAUGAGUGAAUUAUACGCAACUAGCAGAUUCAUAUCUAAGUCAUAUCUAAGAGUGAACUAUACGCAACUAGCAGAUUCAUAUCUAAGUCAUAUCUAAGAGUGAACUAUACGCAGCUAGCAGAUCCAUAUCUAAGUCAUAUCUAAGAGUGAACUAUACGCAGCUAGCAGAUUCAUAUCUAAGAGUAAACUAUACGCAGCUAGCAGAUUCAUAUCUAAGUCAUAUCUAGGAGUGAACUAUACGCAACUAGCAGAUUUAUAUCUAAGUCAUAUCUAAGAGUGAACUAUACGCAGCUAGCAGAUUUAUAUCUAAGUCAUAUCUAAGAGUGAACUAUACGCAAAUAGCAGAUUCAUAUCUAAGUCAUAUCUAAGAGUGAACUAUACGCAACUAGCAGAUUUAUAUCUAAGUCAUAUCUAAGAGUGAACUAUACGCAGCUAGCAGAUUCAUAUCUAAGUCAUAUCUAAGAGUGAACUAUACGCAGCUAGCAGAUUCAUAUCUAAGAGUAAACUAUACGCAGCUAGCAGAUUCAUAUCUAAGAGUGAACUAUACGCAGCUAGCAGAUUCAUAUCUAAGAGUAAACUAUACGCAGCUAGCAGAUUUAUAUCUAAGUCAUAUCUAAGAGUGAACUAUACGCAAAUAGCAGAUUCAUAUCUAAGUCAUAUCUAAGAGUGGACUAUACGCAGCUAGCAAAUUCAUAUCUAAGUCAUAUCUAAGAGUGAACUAUACGCAGCUAGCAGAUCCAUAUCUAAGUCAUAUCUAAGAGUGAACUAUACGCAGCUAGCAGAUUCAUAUCUAAGUCAUAUCUAAGAGUGAACUAUACGCAGCUAGCAGAUUUAUAUCUAAGUCAUAUCUAAGAGUGAACUAUACGCAAAUAGCAGAUUCAUAUCUAAGUCAUAUCUAAGAGUGGACUAUACGCAGCUAGCAAAUUCAUAUCUAAGUCAUAUCUAAGAGUGGACUAUACGCAACUAGCAGAUUCAUAUCUAAGUCAUAUCUAAGAGUGAACUAUACGCAAAUAGCAGAUUCAUAUCUAAGUCAUAUCUAAGAGUGAACUAUACGCAACUAGCAGAUUCAUAUUUAAUUCAUAUCUAAGAGUGAACUAUACGCAUCCAGCAGAUCCAUAUCUAAGUCAUAUCUAAGAGUGAACUAUACGCAGCCGUACAACUCCACCCUCAUGACGAUGGCAAGCCUCCAAGUCUUCACCAUGAAUCGGACGUAACGUGUAACGAGUCGCUCGGCCAGUGUAUGAGUAACUAUGCCAUCCAAGUUGGAAUUUCCAGGAAAAAUCUGCCAAAAAAAAAAAUAAAUAAUCACAUUUUUGCUCAACUUGUACGCAGCAGCUCACAACAGUCAGUUUUUAUUACUCUGAUCAAUCGGGCUUUUACUUCUCUAACCUUCCCAAAUCUUUAAUACCCGUCCCCCUCCCAGUUCCUACUACAAAAGCUGCUUCUUCAUCCCCACCCCACCCCAGAAUUCUAUGAGUAGCAAUGCAAGUUUCAAGUUUUAUUUGCCACAUAUUUACAAUAAGUACAUUAAAUAUAUAAUUAAUUAGACGAAUACAUGGCGAGGAGGACCAUAAAAUCACAAGGCUUAUACGAGACAGUCCUCCCCAUUUAUAAGAAAAAAUACAUAUACUAAGUCAUGGCUAAAUAUAAAUAAGGAGAUUACAUACUAAUAUACCUGAACUAUGAUUUUAUAUAUAAAAAACAACAUCACAUACACACAUACAAAAAGUCAAAAAAAGGAAAAAAUAUAUACUAGCUGAGAAGAACAGUUUUAAGGCUAGUCAAAAAAAAAACCAAAGUAGUUGCAGACUGAGUAUCAAUGUCUAGGGAAUUAUAAAAUGCAGGCCCUUGAUAUCUAAGUGCAAAUUUGCGUAUGUUUUUUUUCUGCAUUUAGGGAUGUGAAAUAGCUUAGCACGUCUUGUAUUGUAAUUAUGAAUUUGAGAAUUGAGAAAAAAUAUAUUGUCAAAGUAUCGAGGAAGUAUUUUAGUCUUAAAUUGAAACAUUAGCUUGCCAAUAUGAAAUAAAUAAAUGCAGUGAAAUUUCAAAA